CCUCAGGCCGCCACGUGUUCUUCCUCCCAAUUCCCACUCCGUCUGCUCAAUUGCUGCGUCAUGGCCGGUUCACAUCAGCUGCUUCGUUCUGAGAAAAAGAAAAUGGCGAAGAUGGUAUGUCGUCAUCAGAAUGGCAAGGGAAGCUAUGGCAAGCAUUGCUACAUGAUGUGGCGGACGAUGUUUGAGAUCGACACAAAGUACGUGCCGAUCGAGCCCAUCGGAAGAGGAUCUUACGGGAUAGUUUGCUCAUCGAUGAACAAGAAUACAAACGAGAUGGUUGCCAUAAAAAAGAUAAACAAUGUCUUUGACAACCACGUGGAUGCGUUGAGAACGCUGCAGGAGAUGAAGCUCCUUCGACACUUGCGUCAUGAGAAUGUCAUUGCUUUGAAGGAUAUAAUGAUGCCAAUACAUAGGAGGAGCUUCAAAGAUGUCUACUUGGUGUCCGAACUGAUGGACACGGAUCUGGAUCGGAUCAUCAACUCAUCUCAAACGCUUAUGACUGAGCACUGCCAAUAUUUCCUUUUUCAGCUGCUCCGAGGCCUGAAGUAUCUUCAUUCAACUGGGAUACUCCAUAGAGACCUGAAACCACUCAACCUUCUAGUUAAUGGAAACUGUGACCUGAAGAUUUGUGACUUUGGUCUUGCCCGAACAAUUAACACUGAAGGUCAGUGUUUGACUGAACAUGUUGUCACCCGAUGGUAUAGAGCUCCAGAGCUGCUGCUCUCUAGCGACAACUAUGGCACCUCCAUAGAUGUGUGGUCAGUUGGCUGCAUCUUUGCUGAGCUUCUUGGCCGCAAGCCAAUCUUUCCUGGAACCAACAGCCUAAAUCAGCUUCAGCUUAUAGUCAAUGUUCUUGGCACCAUGAACGAUGCUGACCUUGAGUUCAUUGAUAAAUCAAGAUCUCGCAAUUACGUCAACUCCCUUUCAUACACCCCUGGGAUUCCCCUCACCAAAAUGUACCCACAAGCGCACCCUCUUGCCAUUGAUCUGUUGCAGAAGAUGUUGGUCUUUGAUCCUUCCAAAAGGAGUAAAUAGCAUAAAACUACUACUUUACAUGCUAAGGUUCCAAAAAACUACCGGUUUUUAAUUUUUUUCAGAUAACUACGAAGUGGGUGGUCGGCUGUUUCAAAAAACUCUAAUCGUCCAGUGCUUUACUAUUGAUCGUGAUUAUGACAGUUGGGCCCGGCACGUAAGAAAACUGAUUGUUUGACCGUUUGUUUGACCGUUAACUGACAUGUGGGGCCCAUAUGUCAGUGUCUCUUUGUCAUAAUCUAAUAAAAAAAGUCAAUAAAGCAUUUGGGUCCCUGUAAACAUUUUUUAAAGCAAUCAGGUCCCUGUAAAAAUUGAAAAAAGCAAUCAGGUCCCUGCAAACUUAAAAAAAAGCAAUCGGGUCCCUUGCGUGCUCAAGCUCGAGAGGAGCCGCGCCACCGCAGAGCUCCCUCACGCGCCCGUCAGCGUGCAGUACGCGCCGCGGCGGACCUCCCUUCGGCCGCCGCCUCCUCCUGCCGGCGAGCUCCGCCUGGAGCCGCCGUGAAGUCCCAGCGGCGCGACCUCUCUCUCUCCUCCCUCUUCCUGGGCGCGGCGGCCCGAGCCCAAGCCCCUGGCCAUGGCGCUCGGCUCGCGGCAGCGCGUGCUCCUGGGCGCGUUGGCCUGAACCCUGGCCAUGGCGCGCGGCGUCCCUUGGUCCUUGCUCCUGGGCGCGGCUCGUGGCGCUCCUGGGCGCGGUAGCCCGUGCUCCUGGGUGCGCUCGCGGCGUCCCUUGCUCGCCUUGCUCCUGGGCGCGGGGCGCGGCGACCCUUGCUACUGGCGCGAAGCGCGGUGGAGGUGCCCGUCAGUGAGAGGUGCAGGUGCUCGAGGUCGGGCCUUCGCCGGGAGGAGGAAACGGAGAAGAAAGAGGCAG